AUGUCCCUAAUAGUCAACUCUGUUUACUUUAUGAAACAUGUGAAGAAUUGUGGAUGGGAGGCCAUCCUUGAUGCUGCCUUAAUCACUAACGAACUGAUAAAUAAGUUGAAAUUUAGAAAGAGGGAUGAGGUGCUAUGCAAGCUAGACAUGGAGAAGGUGUACGACUAUAGAUGUUGGGUUAGGACGCGUAUCACUACUACUUCAUUUGCACUGAUUAUUAAUGGUGGUGCAUCGACCUUCUUCCAGGCAUCUAAAGAGUUAAGACAGGGUGACCCCCUAUUACUUUUACUCCUCAUUGUGGUCAUGGAAGUUUUGAAUAAUAUGAUAAUAGAACUAGGGAGUGUGAGUUAUUCAGAGGCCUGA